CACAAAAUCAAUUCCCAGUUUCUUCCCAACAUAUCCCAUCUACAUAAAUCCGUAGCAAUUUAAUUGAAGUGUGCUAUAACUAGGCAAAUGAAUCAACUAAGCCAUAAUCUAGCAAGCAGCAAAUAAAGGCAUAAUCUUCCAACUAAGCAUCCAUACUCCGAGUGCCCCAACCUGAGCUCGUUGCGCCGCCAGCAGCUCAUUAGGAAAUGCCCCAUUCUCUGCAGCCCAAUGCUCCAUUCUCCACAGCCCAAACAAAUUCUCUGCAGCCCAAACAGAUCAAAGUCUGGUUCCAGAAGCGCAGGUCGAUGUUGUAUGCAGUUUCUUUUCCUAAUACUUGCACGAGCAGCAGCAUCUCUUAUCCCAGAGUGAAAGUUCCAAAUUGUCAUGAAAAGCAUUCAGCUCCAACAAGGUUUCGAGUCUCUGCCUCCACAGCCGAGCCCAAUGGGGUCAAGACCGAGUACACUCCUUGGCUAAUUGUGGGAUUAGGGAACCCUGGAAACAAAUAUCACGGAACCCGCCACAAUGUCGGGUUUGAAAUGGUUGAUCGCAUCUCUCAAGUGGAAGGCAUUGUGAUGAACACUAUACAGUCGAAAGCAUUAGUUGGCAUAGGUUCAAUUGGAGAAGUACCAGUUUUAUUAGCUAAACCCCAGACAUACAUGAACUUCAGCGGAGAAGCGGUUGGGUCGCUGGCUGCAUAUUAUCAAGUGCCCUUGCGUCACAUUCUACUGGUUUAUGAUGAGAUGAGCUUGCCAAAUGGAGUUUUGAGGCUUCAACCUAAAGGAGGACAUGGUCACCACAAUGGGGUGAAGAGUGUUAUGGAACACUUAGAUGGGCGUCGUGAAUUUCCCCGGUUUUGCAUAGGUAUUGGGAAUCCGCCUGGUACAAUGGAUAUGAAGGCUUUUCUUCUUCAGAAAUUCAGCACCUUGGAAAGAAGACAGGUGGAUGCUGCAUUGGAACAAGGUAUCGAGGCGGCGAGGAGCCUUGUUCUAGAAGGAUUCACUGGUCGAAUAAAAAGAUUCAAUCUUGGCCAGAAAUAUAAGUAUCAUCAAGUUUGAUUGUAUUUAGAGAUGUAAUGUAGGAUAUAAAGAAUGCUAUCUAUCUUCUCUGGGCUUUAUCAACUACAGGUAUUAGUGGCCACUGGGUUAAAAAUCUCACCCGAAAAUAUCGAUGUUAUAUCUCAAAAUGUACCAAGUAUACUCAAGUUUUAAUUUUUAAGGCA